AUGAGUUCUUCAUCAAGCUCUCGCGAACCUUCACCAUCUAUGAAACAAACUUUACCAAACGAUUAUGGAGCACCUAUUGAAUAUUUCUUACGAGCUGCACAAUGGCAAAGAGCAGUCUCACCAAGGUUAGGUGUUCCACCAGCUCCUGUCAAAAAUAGCAUUUGGUCAAGUCCUUAUAUAAGAUAUGGUCUCCCACUAGGUUUGCUAGCUACAGCAGGAGCAGUUAUGAUGUUGAAAGAAACAAAGCAAAUGUUGUAA